AAGAUCUUGUAGAGACAGAAGAAUUUAAGUCAGCCGAACAAUUCUUGUUGGACGCACAAAAAAAACUGCCACCAUCUGAAGGAGGCACCGAUUAUUGCUAAUUUAAUUUAACCACCACUUUACUGAAUUAAUAAUUCUAAAAUGGCAUCACCUAACAAUUUUAAUACACAGGUUGAGAAUUCAGUAAACGUUAAAACCAAAUCAACUAAAAUAAAUCAUGCAAGUUUAUCAAAUUUGAAGAAUCUUCUACUAGAAAUUAAAUACAUAACAAAAAGCUUAAGUAGCACUGAAAAUAAUUUAAGACGAAACGCACAAGAUAUAUCUGAGGAGAAUUGGAAUGUUGAGAUUGAAAAAAUUGAGAUAUUAAAAACGAAACUUCAAGAAAAUUUAGAAAUACUAGACAAUCCUGUUUUUGUUAGGAAUGUUGCUAAGUGUGUUUCGAAACGGAAACAGAAACGGUUGGCUGUUAAAGCUAGAAAACAGGAAUUUAGAGAACGAAUGGAAAAGGAUAUUUUAAGGCGGGCUGAAUUGCAUAAGGAAAUUGAUGGAAUGUUGGCAGAUAUUGCAAACGAACAUAAAAAAGAAUUACAGAAAAAAUUACAAAUCAAAGAAUCCGAAUCAGUAUUAAGCGAUGUCAAGUCUAGAAUAUCACAAGCACGUCACUGGUUGGGAAUUAUUGAGCCUUUGAAAGAAUUGCGCGGGUUGAGAAAUCAGGCUGCACAGGCUCGAGGGGAGAAAUUGAGUUUGGUUCAUCAUGAGGAUUUUAUCAACACAAUGAAUAAAUUAAAAGAAAUCUGGGAAGCAAAGUUAGCGCACUACUUAAAAGAAGAGCAAGAUUUAAAAAAAUCAUUGAACAUCCAUUACGAAAAGCAGUUUCCAAAAACAUUCGAGGAAGAAUGGAAAAAGACUUUGUUUGGUGAGAAUGCUGCAGAUUUUCAAAUAAACAGCAUUCAAGAAUUCGUCGCGAUAAGAUCCUGUUGGGACCAAUUCAUAGUCCCCCCAAAUGAUGCCGAAGGCUCCAAAAUUCCCAUAGGUUACGUCAUGCCCGUCGAACCAAGUUCGGAUUCUUGGAAAAAGUAUUUAAGUAAUGAUAAAUGAAGUACAAUUAGUAUUUUAGCAUUUCAAAGCAUUUCUUUAGUAUAAAUUGUGUGUUACUUUUAAAUAUAUUUUAAAAAUGUAAAAUAAGUAUUAAUGAAUAAUAUUAUUAGU